GCAGAUUUAAAACCAAAUACUGUUAGACUUUUACUCAAGUAGUAUUUUACUGGGUGACUUUCACUUUUACUUGAGUCGGAGUUCCAUAAAGCCCAUUUCAAAUUUCCAUUAGCGCUGCGCUCCAGACCCUAAAACCGAUCAUGAGUAAAACCCUUCGCUUUAUACGGUUAUCCAUAAGAAAAGUUGACAUAAUGCAGUUUACUUUAAAUCACCUCUGAGCGAAUUUAUCAAAAGUACCAAUUUGACUGGAAAUUUGACUGGAAAAACGAGAACACGUCAACCCUGAAUGUCCCCGAAACAAGCGUGCCACGACCACAGCUCGCGGGAGACUCUCUCAUUGGUCGGAUUUUGGCCACGGAGGAAAUUCGGUUAAACUGAACCGUGGUGCACAGGUUAUGGCCCGUGAUAUGAACAGGCAAAAGCGGUGAGGGAGGAACGCUUUUCUCCAAUCGAACAGUAAUUUGCGCCACUCAUGUUGUUAACAAGGCAGCAUGAUGCAUAGUUCAGAAACAUACAUUUUUUUUCUCCAUAAAAUGUUCAAACUAGUUUUUAUUGAGUAGGCAGAUAAAGCAUUUUUAUCCAAAUAAAUCACUUGUGCAUGUGUGAACACAAACUCCUAUGCAAAACCGAAAUUUAGGAACAGUGCACAUAGAAAUAGCACACAGGGAACAGAUCUACCGCUUCUAAGACUUGCUUACAACGAGAAUGACAGAUCUAUAACAUGUAUUUCUAUGUGAAUUUGGUCGGGUCCAAUGCAGCCAUUUUUAUCUCAAUGUAAAAUAAUUUUUGGGUAACAGUUAAGCACUUACUGUGAUUGUUUUCAAUUAAAAGGGUCAAAAAUAAACAAAAAUAGCUUUUUAGCUAAGAACAAUUUCUCAAGCAAGAAUUGUGCUAGGACUGUCUGGGAGUGGUCUGAGUUGGGAAAACUCAAAACUAGCUGUUUUUGACAGAGAAGUUUAGAACUUUCUUUCUUCCUGAUUUGUUCACUCAUUUGGCCAGGCAAGCAGGCUGACAUUUCAAGAGUCGUUUCAAACGGCUCUUACAUUAAAAGGGCAUUAUCAUAAUUUUCACAAUUUCACUGUAUUAUUCCAACCAAUAUAUAAAACAUAGCACAUCACGUUUUUGACUGCACUGGGCCUUUAAUAAAUAACGUAUGGAAAUGAACAAGGAAGUAGUAUGGGCUGGGGUGUUCCUUUGCUGUAGUGGGUAUUUUGGCUCAUUGCCCAAGACUAUCAUAAUAGACUGCCAGGCUUACCCCUUUACCGUAACUUCCAAGUCCUUCCUUGUUGAGUAAAUAAGGGGUUAAAUAACUUUUUAUACCCUGACAGUAAAAAGUGUGUAAUUUUGGGAGGGAUUCAAUGAUUUCCUCCUUUAGCCUACAUUCGAUAUUACAAAAACCAUACAAUUAUUGUGCAAGAUGAAAGGAGGAUUGUAACAAUAAAUGACUCUGAUGAACGUUAUCAUUAUGGCCAGGACUAUUUACGACAAAAAUCAACAAUAAAAAUUAAGAGAUCUGUAGAGACAGAUAUAAUUUAUCCAGAUUCUACGAUCGUACUCAAUCCCAAUCUCAUUUUUUUAUCAUGAAUUCUCCUGGCCCUAAAUUAUAAUAGUGUUUAUGUUAAUAGUGAUAAUGUAUAGUGAUAAAUGGCUAAUGUUGUUAUACUAGGUUAUUCACCUCUUUGUUCCCAGAUAAGUAAAUGAUCGCAUCUCGUAUGCACAGUCACUAUCAGGAAACUGCUCGGCUUUUGACGGGAGGAUGUCGAGAAUAACAGUAGAGGGAGAAGAUCGAGAGGAAGUUGCACUCUUAAAAAACAGAAUAUAUGACUGAUGUGAUGUGAGAGGAACUCUGAAACAACAAGCAAGACUUCAGCAAAGGUCAAAUGGAGCAGGCUUUUCUUUUGGUUUUACAUGUAGUCUUAUGGCCAACUCUUGCAGCCUUGUUCACAGUGGAGGUGGACAGUCUCUCACAUGUGGCAGAGUUCCACGGUGAUGUCACCAUGGGCUGCAGGUUCCAACCUGGGGGCUGGGACCCGAACCUGUCAGUGGUAUGGCAACGGGUCCAGCCUCUUCCAGAUGUAGAGGUGUACAGGAUGGAUAACGGACAGGAGGACCUCACUUCUCAGAAUCUCCAGUACCGCGGCAGGGCACGGUUGGUGUCGGAGGAGCUGACCAAUGGCUGGGCCAAGCUACAUGUGUCCAGUCUGAGGAUCAACGACUCUGGGGUGUACCGAUGUCUUGUGGAAUUGGGGGGAGCUGAUUAUAAACAGACCACUUUGACUGUCAAAGCUACCUAUAAGACUAUCAUUAAAAGCAUGCAGAGACGUGGGGGAGAUGAGGUGGAGCUGGCCUGUGAGUCUGAGGGCUAUCCUCUUGCCACAAUUAACUGGAGAGACAAGAGUCUCAGGAACAUCAAAUCCAACGACACCGUUGUGAAAACUCCAGACCAGCUUUUCCAUGUCACCAGCAAGAUAACGGUCAAAUACUCUGAGAAAAACAACUAUACAUGUGCCUUGGUGGAGAAAGGUGAAGCUACAAAGGGUCCAUCAGCCAGGUUUGACAUCCCAGAUGAAAUACCUGUGAUUGAGAGUAAACCUAACACCCUUUCUAUUGUAUUGGGCACGACAUUGACGGUGGCUAUGAUCAUUGCAGCUACCAUCUUCGGGUAUCGCAGACAGAAAGGGAGGCUCAGGACCCUCAAGCUCUAACACCCUCCUGGGCUCAACAGAGACGUGACCUCUGACCUGCCUGGACCCCUUUUGGCAGCUCCAACUGAUCCUGGUGAUAAACUGUUUGUGACUGUCAGUGACCUGUACCAGGAGGCAACAGAGAAAGAGACUCCUCACUGAGACUGUAAACUGCCAGGAGAAGACUGAGAACACAAAAGACUCAUGCACACACAUUGUCAACGAAAAGUUUAAUCAUGCUUCAUUUUCUGUUAUCUAAAAGUUACGCCGGUUGGCGUUUCCACUGACGACCAAUUAUUGAAAAAACAGUUCCCUUCCAUGCUUCCCAUGAAACCCCAGAAGGCAAAUUAGUGAUUCCAGCCACAUUUUAUAUUAACACAGUUGUUUACUGUACUCCAGGUAUUUGAUACUGUUUGAUACUCUUUGUGAGUCAAACCAUUUGAUGACUUAGACCUUGUGACAACGCAGUUUCACUUUCUGUCUCAGUCAUAUGGCAACUCUACAGUAAGAAUGGAUUGAGUCAGUCCAUUGCACAAUUUCCUAGAAAAUAAACAUUGUCUAAAGACAGGAAAGACGGGUGGUGCUGAUGGGAAAUGCUGAUGAUGAUUCCCGCUUAAAGAAAUAUCUCGGUCAUCAAAUUGAAACCGAGUCAUCAACUCUGGUCUUUUUUUCUAAUUCACAUAAUAAGAUAUGCUCACUCAUACAUUGUAAAACAUGUGCCAUGAUAAUGAUUGUAUGCUAUUUGUGACAGUCUAUACCUCGCAAAAUCAAUUCUGGACCCUUAAAACCCAUUGCACAGCUUUUUUCCCCCUUCUUCCCCUCUAAUCAGGGAUUGAUUUAGUCAAAGAUGAUGGAUAUACUGAUGGAUAUACAUGUUUCUCCGUCCUACCAAUGGGAGUUGUUGUCCACAAAGCGGCAAGGCGCGCUGUGUAGCUUUCGCCUAUCCUUUCUUUGGAUUGGUGGAUACAUCUCAUUAUUGUGAUCCUUUUUGAAAUAUUCGAUGAAGGUUGUUGACGUCCUCUCUCAGUGGCUCCACCCUGAGGAUCUUGGUGUGUCUUACCUCAGAUACCAGUUUCUUCCUUCUGUUGUCCCAAACGUAUCUGUUCUACCAUGGUAUUAAAUAACAUCUGACAUUAGUUUGGAAGGAGGCUCCGUUGAUCAAAAUUAAAAUGUUCUCUCGCCUCAA